CUCUAGUCUAUGUAGCAGCAUCCACUGAGGAAGACAGAGAGAUGGCGAGAUGGUUCUGCAUGCUUCUUGUUUUUCUAGUAUUUGCUCUUGCAAGUGCUAGAAAUGUCCCUAAAGACGCCGGUCUCCAAGGCCAGAAGAAUUUCUUCGCAUUUGGUGGCGUAGGUGGCUUUGCUGGGGUUGGUUCCGGUAUUGGAGGUGGUGGGUUUCCCAGUCUCGGCGGUGGUGAUGGUGGAAUUGGAGGACUGGGUGGUGGAUCUGGGCUCGGUGGAGGAGGUGGCUUGGGUGGCUUCCCAGGUAGCGGUGGAGGUCUAGGUGGCGGCAUUGGUGGAGGAAUUGGCGGUGGUAAAGGAGAUUGUGGUGAUGGUGGUUCUGGUCUUCUUCAUCCUUGAUUUCUUCACGGUGUUUAUGUUGGCUGUGCUUCUUACGUUAUUGGGUGGAACAGUAAUGUACUUAUGUUAGUUAUUUGCGGUUGUCUUCCAUGUUAAAGAGUUAGGUGUUCUAUAUUUUUUAGUUAACCGCAAUAUGAUGUUAUUACUUCCUAAAAAAUAACGUAUCUAAUUAUUCUGUGAGUUUUUUUUUUUUUCA